AUGGAGGCUGAGGACCUCAAGCUGCAACCGUUUGAUAUAUGUAACAAGGAAUGGGCAGAAGGCAACAAGCUCCAUCCAGGGGAGCUCCUGACAGUCGCCACGUCCUCCAUAGUGUCUCUCACUCUCAGGGAGGGGGAUAAGAAGCAGCAGGUGCAGCUGGGCUGGCCUGUGGAUGUCAAUAAGCGCACAAGUCAGAGAGCGGAGUGUCCUGGGGCCUGGGUUCAUUCUGAGCCUCAUGUGAUGAUGGGGACACUACCUCUUGUCCAAUCACAACAACAGAGGGAAAUACCUGCAGCCAUAAAGCCCAAGCCUCCAUCAUCACAGCAAGCUUGUUCGCCCAGAGCCAACAAAGCCAAAGCCAAAGCCAUGGCAACAUGUGAUUCCAGCACUGAUGACAACCUGUUAUCUGAUGCAGAGUGGUACUGGGGAGACAUCUCAAGAGAAGAGGUAAAUGAGAUGAUGAGAGACACUCCUGAUGGCACCUUCCUGGUCCGAGACGCCUCCAGUAAGGUUAAAGGGGAAUUUACACUCACUCUUAGGAAGGAGGGGAACAACAGACUGAUUAGGAUUUUUCAGCGGGGAGGGAAGUAUGGUUUCGCUGAGCCGCUUGCCUUCCCCUCUUUGGUGGAGCUGAUCCAGUAUUACCACAAAGAGUCCCUGGCCCCUUACAAUGCCAAACUGGACACACGACUACUCUACCCAGUCUCCAGACACCAGCAGCAGCAGCUGCUGAAGGAGCACAAUGAUAAGACAGAGGGAGAACAGCCGAAGAUCUACCAGCAGCAGCGCUGGCAGACCGACAAAGACUCUGAUUUGCUCUUCCAGGAGUUAAUACGGACCUUCCAGGAGCAGCCAGGCAAGCAGACAGCCACUGAGGUGUUUGCUAAAAUCAUGCGGAUCUUUGAGGAGCAAUGUGAGAGCCAAGAGCAUUACAGCAAGGAAUACAUAGACAUGUUCCUCAGACCUGAGAACAGUACGGACACUGAGAGGAUCCAAAGUGAACCUGACGAGCUACGAGUGAAAGUGGGGGAGAUCCACAGUAGCCAGCAGAGGCUGGGGGAGGAGCUGAGGAGGGAGGUGCUGGCCAACAUGGAGGCUGCCAGCAAGCUGUUAGCCCUGAAACCUGACCUUGCCCAGCUCAGGAAGAUCAGAGACCAGUACCUAUCGUGGCUUACCCAACAAGGCACAAAAAAGCACCGUAUCCAUGACUGGCUGGUGUUGGAAAACCAGGAUGAAGACCCGUACACCCUGGUGAACGAUGCCCACUGUGACGACAAGAACUGGUACGUGGGCAGUAUGAGCCGAACCCAGGCAGAGGAGCUCCUUCGAGGGAGGAGAGAUGGGACCUUCCUGAUCAGAGACAGCCAGACUCAGAAGGGCUCCUUCGCCUGCUCUGUGGUUGCAGAUGGAGAUGUGAAGCACUGUGUGAUCUACAGGACAUCCACAGGCUACGGCUUUGCAGAGCCCUACAAUCUCUACCCCUCACUGAGAGAACUGGUCCUGCACUACAGACACACCUCACUGGUCCAACACAACCAGCGACUGAAUGUAACAUUGGCCUGGCCCGCUCUCAGCCAACAGCCCAUCUGA